UCAUUUCUUUUAACUUUAUAUUCAAAUCAGUUUGUAAAAACAACAAACUGUUUUUUUUAUUUAAAUAAAAUUGACUGUGCUAAUUCUCUUCAUUUAAUUCUCUGUAAAAUAUCACACGCCAAAGCAAAGCCCCUCCUAUUCUUUUUAUUUUAAAUUGCCCAAUAAGCGUUUUUAACAUUCAUUUUAAAUAUUUUAACGAGUUUUGGUUAUCAUAAUUUAAUUUAUUUUUUAAUUUUUAGUCAACCCCUUUAAAAAUUCAAUCAAAAUUUCAGAGAUACCAAAAAAAACUUACAACUUUACAAAACAUGCCUUACACGUCUUUGCCUUUGGUUGUUCUUCUUAUACCAUUUCUUUGGAGCCUUUCUUUUGCGAUCGAUAAAGACGAUUUUAGCCCAAAAUCUGGCAGCAAGGUCUGCGUUGGCAAAAUCUGCGAUGACAGCUCUGUCUUUCACUACUAUGAUUGCUGUGGUCAGCUCUUGACUGACUGCUGCUUCAAGCUACAGACAUGGGUUAUCAUAGUGAUUGCCAUUGUACUGAUAUGUACACUUGUUUCGAUUGUUCUGAGUUUAAUUAGGUAA